CCCAGGGCUAAAGCCCUUGCUAGCUCUCCCUGAGCAUCAAAUUUGUCCCUGAACAAAUGCAUGAAAACACUUGCACAAUCAGGAACUUGUGACAUGUAUACGUAUAUGUACCACGGUCGCAUACAAUAUAUCGUAAUUUAAGUAUAGUCCAGUGGAGUUGAUGUCGACAACGAAGUAUGUGUUGUGAACUGGUUGCGAAUAACAGCGAUUGUUAGGUUCGAAAGAAAUCUGUGGUGAUCAAAAGGAAUAAAGAAUCCGGAUGAGAAUAGCCGCGAAGUUGAACAAUUAAAUAAGACAAGAUUCAUGAUGUUGGCUGGAAAUUGAUUCAAUAAUUGAACUCGAUAGACGGUGCUCAUCAUGACUGCCAUAAAAGUUCACGGUGGAAUUGAUAUCUUACGGCUGCCUGUUAAUCAAGAAGAGCAUAUUUAUCAUCCUUGGCAUGUUAAAUACACUCAAUCCCACAUACUUCAUUCCAAAUGUUCCAAAAGUGAAAAUGGCUGUGGAGAUAAGGACAUUGAUUCUUGCCAAUUCUGCAUUUUCAGCCGUACUUUAGAUUUGCCACACAUGCCGGACAUGGUGUUCCCAAACAAUAUAUUAACUUUGAAGCAUCAGAAUGGUGCUACUAUACAAUUCAAUGCGUUGGACUCCUUGAAGACUGUAUCGAAUGGAAAAAUUAACGUGCAGCUUGCAUGUGCGGAGGCUUGGAAGGAAUCCAGAUCGGAAAGCAGCGAGUACUUAGAAGAGAAAGUGAAACCAUUUGAUUGGACAUUUACUACCAAUUAUAUGGGGACAAUAUCAAACUUUGAGAUUCAAGAAACUACCGAGAGAAUCGAUGUGGACAAAUUAAAGAGAAGAGAAAAAAUUUUAUUCUAUCAUGAUCUGACGUUGUUUGAAGAUGAACUUCACGAUAACGGAAUCGCAGUAUGUUCUGUAAAAAUUCGCGUUAUGCCGAGCAGCUUUUACAUUUUAUUAAGAUACUUCUUAAGAAUCGAUGGAGUGAUGUUCAGAAUAAAUGACACUCGAAUUUACCACGAAUUCGGCCAAGACUACUUAUUGAGAGAGUUUACAUCGAGAGAAGCCAAAGUAGAAGAAAUACGUGCAUCACCACUCUGUAUAGAACCAAGUGAAAUAGCUCCAUAUUUACCCUUAACUAAAUGCCAGUAUCAUAAAUUAAUUAUUUCAAGUAAAACAGAAUCACUCACAAAUAACCAGACAGUGAAUGAAGUAACAAUUUGAAAACUCAUAUUUGUUCUAAAUAAAUAUUUUUUCAAUAACGUA